CCCCUAACGCAAUUACUCCUUGUAUUUCAUUAACAAAACCAAAAAUUCAACAUCAAAAUUGAAUAGAAAAUCAAAUGGGUUUUGCCCAAACAUUUUUCAAAAAGAAUAUGAAAGAAAAAAAAAAAUCAGAUCAAGAUGCGAAUUCCAAUUUAAAAAAUACAUCGUUCGAUUCGUUCUCCUCUUCAAGUCGAUCAUUCAAUGUGAAUACCGAAGAGCUUGAACAUGUUUUCAAAAAAUUCGAUGUAAAUGGCGACGGAAAAAUUUCUUCGUCGGAAUUAGGGUCGUUAAUGGGAAGUUUAGGGCAAGACGUGACUAAAGAAGAAAUUGAUUCCAUGAUCAAAGAAGUUGAUGCCGAUGGUGAUGGAUUUAUUGAUAUUAAUGAAUUUAUUGCGCUUAAUACAAAAGGAAUUGAUUCCGAUGAAAUUUUACAUAAUUUAAAAGAGGCGUUUUCGAUUUACGAUGCUGAUGGAAAUGGUAAGAUUACUGUUGAAGAAUUACAAAUGGUUAUGAAGAGUUUAGGGGAUGAUUUUUCUUUAGGUGAGUGUAGAAAAAUGAUUAAUGGUGUUGAUCGUGAUGGUGAUGGAACGAUUAAUUUUGAUGAAUUUAAAGCUAUGAUGAUGAUGGGUGCACGUAUUAAUACAAUGACACAAGUUUAAAUUAACACGAAUUAUUGUAUAACUGUCUCAUACUUCAUAUUUAAGUUAAAUAACUCAAUAAUGAAAACUUUUUAACUUAUUAAUUUCCAGUUUUAAGAUCUUCUCUAAGACGGUCUCAUACAAGAUAGGGUGUUAAAUUAAAUCUUAGUUUGUUGCUUUCGUUUUCAUUACAGACGCAACAAUAUUUUGCAUACGCAACAAUUUCUGUAUACAUUUUACUUUUUUCGAUAAAAUUUUGUGUCGUUUUUACAAUUGGCGUAACAAAUUCUUAUUUCAAAGUCUUAUUUAAUUUUUGUAUACAAUUUGUUGUUGCA